AUGAGAAAAGGGAAGUUUUUCGAACAAGGUGACGAAGGAAAUAGUGACGAAGAUCAAGAACCUCUAAGUAAAAAUUAUGAGAAAGGGGAUUUUCUGGAUUGGGAUUACGCCACAUCGAGAGAGUUUUGGAUCAAGGUUCAUGAAAAGCAGAGUGAAGGAUUGUCAUGGAGCAGAGCUAUGAACGAAGUUCGAGUUGAAAGGCUAAUUCAGAAUUACAAGGUAAAUGGAGAACUGGACGGUGAGGACCCAGCACUUGUGAUGUUAAAACGGUGGCCAGCAUCCAGGCGGUACAGAGAAAGCCCUGACAAACUUCCAGGCCUUGAAAAGCUGGUAAAUCAACUUUUGGGGGUUCUGUUGGAAAGUGAACUGAAUUCAGGCAAUAGAUAUGAGUCAUUUAGAGAUAAAAGAGACAAAACAGAGAAGACGUUACUACACUAUGCUGCAGAACUUGGGUUUUUACAUGUUACCAAAACACUUGUGAAGAGAUGUCCUCCACUGCUUGCUGGAUUUACUCGAAGUCAACUAGGAUCCCACAAAAGAGCCAUGUUACCAGUUGAACUGGCAUUAACAGGAGAGAGUGAUGGGGUGGCAUCAUAUCUAGUUAGGAUGAUGUGGCAUGAAAGUGUCAAGAAAUUAUUUUCUUCAAGAGCUGGUGAGGACACAACAAAUUCUAAGCCAUCUUUCUACAGUUUGAACUCCAUCAUUACCAAUCCUAAAAUGAAGAAAACAGUUGUGGCUUUGCUUGACCAGAUGGGAAACCCUCACUGGCCUUAUCUUCCAAAACGUAAGGAUAAGUAUGUCUCCAAAGAAGAAAAGGAAGGAAUUGAAGGAGUCUGGAAGACAAUCCCAGAAGAUCCAUUGAACUAUUAUUUUUAUUAUGCCAUCUUGGAUACCUUCAAGUGGUAUUGUAUGUAA